AUGAGUAGGAUGAAAUUGGAAAAUCUCACGCAACUGGAGGCCUACUACAUCGAAACCCUGCUCGGUUUGCUGAAAAACAUCCACCUCUCGACCAACAGCCACAAGGUGCAACCGGUCUUCUGGCAGGAAGUAUUCGACAACGGCGUUCGUGUGACCUCGAUAGCCAAGGCCGAAGUACGAGGUACCAUCGGACGCUGGGACGAGGAGCGCUCGACUGGAGGCCGCUUCCUCCUGGCUAUGGCUGCAGGAGCGAGCGACCUCGGAAGGGAACAGAGCCGAAGUCCACAUAGCGACUAG